AUGGGAUUGUCAUCCCGCCGGUGCUUGUCUAAUGUCCCGAAUAUUGGUCAGCUUUCAAAAAAUUUGCUGGUUUUGUUGUUGUUUCAUGUUCUUGGAGCUAGCUCCUUAUACUCUAGGCAGCAGCAGCCACCUUCUUGCCAUGGUGAGGAGCGCGCUGCCUUGCUGCAAUUUAAGCAAAACUUCAUUGUGGACCCAUCUGCUAGUGAUGAUGAUGGUUCCUAUCCAAAGGCCUCAUCAUGGAAAGCAGUUGAAGGAGACCAGAAUAGCAACUGCUGCUCAUGGGACGGGGUUCAGUGUGAUGAGAAGACUGGUCAUGUUGUUGAUCUUGAUCUUAGUAGCAGUUGUCUCUAUGGCUCCAUCAACUCCAGCAGCAGCCUCUUUCGCCUCGUUCAUCUCCGGAGACUGAGUCUUGCUGAUAACGACUUCAAUUACUCUCAAAUUCCUACAACAAUUAAGAAUCUCUCGAGGCUUAGGUAUCUCAACCUUUCCUUCUCUGUGUUUUCUGGCCAAGUCCCAUCUGAAAUUUCACAAAUGUCCAAAUUGUCAUCCCUUGAUCUGUCUAGCAAUGUUGAUACACUUUCUGGUGAGGGACUGUUGAGGCUUAAAGCAGACAGUCUGGCAAGUCUAGUUCGAAACUUAACUAGUCUUGAAACGCUUCAUCUCAGUGACAUAAAUAUAUCUUCCUCAGUUCCUGAUUCAUUGGCGAAUUUGUCAUUGUCAUCCCUUGCUCUAGGGAAUUGCAACCUGUAUGGCGAAUUCCCAAUAAGAAUUUUCAAGUUACAAUACUUGGGAUAUCUUAGUGUGAGAUCAAACCAAGAGCUUUCGGGUUAUUUGCCCGAGUUUAAUGGAAGUAGUCCUCUCAUGUGGCUGUCACUCGGAGGCACUAAUUUUUCCAGAACUCUUCCUUCAUCGAUCGGAGAGCUCGACUCACUGAACCGCUUGGAUUUGGCUGAAUGCAGUUUCUCAGGUCCAGUUCCUGCUUCACUAGCAAACCUUACCCAACUCACUUAUUUGUCUCUUGCAAUGAAUAAUUUUGUUGCCGGGCCUUUGUCUUGGCUUGGUAAGCAAACACAACUUACCUAUCUUGAUCUCGAAACCAUCAAUCUGAGUGGUUCCAUCCCUUCUUCUCUUGGAAACCUCUCGCAGCUCACUUAUCUUCAUCUUUUAGAUAAUCAACUAAGUGGCCCAGUCCCAUCUUUGUUUGGUAACCUUAGCAGACUAGCAGACUUAAAUCUUGAUCUAAACAGAUUGAGCGGUUCAGUUCCUGAAUCACUGUUCAACCUAAGGGACCUCUACACGCUUUAUCUGUAUGACAAUGACCUUCACGGUAACUUUGACCUUUGUAACCUACCAAGUUCCGUAACAAGACUCGAUGUAGGUUGGAACAAACUAGAAGUGCCUCAUUGUAACAUUGUGAAUACAACCCUUCUUCCAAAGCUUACCUUUCUGGGAUUGCGAGAGUGCAACUUAACAGAGUUUCCUAAUUUCAUUAGACAUCAACAACACUUGACGUGGCUGGACCUUUCCACAAAUAAGUUGCAUGGUCAAGUACCCAAAUGGAUGUGGAAUACAAGCACGCAAAGUUUGAUGUUACUGGACAUCAGGCACAACUUCCUUGCAGGCUUUGGCCAACCGAAUUUUGUCCUUCCUUGGGUUAACCUGCAAGCUUUAUUUGCUGGGUACAAUUUGCUAGAUGGAUCACCACCUAUACCUCCACAGAAUAUUGUCGUCUGUAGAUUCAGCAACAACAAACUUACCGGAGAUCUUUCACCAUUGAUGUGCAAUCUCAGUACCGUUCAAUACCUUGAUUUGUCAAAUAACAAGUUGAGUGGCACCAUUCUGCCUUGUCUUGGUAACUUCAGUGACACUCUACAAGUUUUAGAUCUUCGGAACAACUCCUUCCACGGUAUUCUUCCUCAAACAUACAGCAACACAAGCAACUUGAAGAUGAUUGAUGUCAGUUAUAAUCAAUUGCAUGGGAAAAUACCAAGGUCACUAGCUAAUUGUAUGACGCUCCAGUCUCUUGUUCUCUCAGCCAAUAAAUUCAGUGAUGUUUUCCCUUCUUGGUUGGGAAGUCUCCCAGAGCUUAAACUCUUGGCGAUGCACCAUAAUCAGUUCUAUGGUGUGAUUGAGAAUACCCUAAAAAAUCUUCACUUUCCCGAGCUGCGUAUACUGGAUCUCUCUUGCAAUAAUUUCACUGGUGAGUUUCCCUCUGAACACAUCUUUUCUAGCAAUGCGAUGAGAGGUAUAGUUAUGAACCAACCCACAUAUAUGGCGGUAUUCUCAGAUCUGAAUAUCCAUGGUACUAAGUUCGGUUAUAUUUUCAAAGUCACGAUAACAAAUAAAGGUGUGGAGAGAUACUACUCGAAGAUCCAAGAAGACCUUGGAGUGAUUGAUAUCUCAAGCAACAAUUUCCAUGGGAAGAUUCCAGAAUUCAUAAGGAACUUGAAAGGGCUUCGCUUUCUCAACAUUUCCAAUAACAACUUCAACGGCAGCAUCCCAUUGCGCUUGGAAAAUUUGACUUUGCUUGAAGCAUUGGACCUUUCACAUAACCAGCUCUCAGGAGAGAUACCUCAGCAACUAGCGCAGCUCACUUAUCUUGCCAGUUUUGAUGUCUCUUACAAUAAUCUCACUGGUUCUGUACCCCAAGGUCUCCAGUUUCACACAUUCGGGAACACUUCAUAUAUGGGAAAUCCAGGAUUAUGCGGAGACCCUUUGACAAAGAGAUGUGACAACUCCAAUGCCCCAGCUCAACUACCACCUUCAAGCAGCAGUGAAGAUGAUGCUUUUGAAUUCGACUGGAUAUUUGUGUUGGCCGGAGUUGGAAGUGGAUUGGUGGUGGGAGUGGUACUUGCAGAUGUGGCGAUCACACGAAAGCGUGAGCUGUUUCUUGACGUAGCUGGGAUGAUGAUCAAACAGAUGAAAAGGAUCAGAAGAAGGCAGAGGAUGUGUUAAUCGAUGAGGUGAAUAUAAGUCUGUGCAUUUGGUUUUUGUAUGCAUGUCCACUGUUAGUUUUGUAUCUAUUUUGUUCACCUAGCCCUUUGAAUAAGCUUUUCAAUGUUGUUGUAUUCAUUAUUAUGUACGUGUAUGCAAUCUCAGUUUCCUAUUGAUAGAUUUUAUUGGCUAUGCAUGUUGUUCCUGUACUGUGACCUUAAAGCUAGCACACAACAUGGUCUUAAUAAAAUCAAAAUUAUGUUCUCAAUUCC